GAGUGAGAGAGGGAGAGGAUGAGGGGUAUGCCUUGGAAGACUUUUCUUUUCCAAUUUUCCUGCAUUUGAACCGUGUUCCAGUGUCAAUCCUGUGGAAGGAAUACCUGCCAAUUAAGAACUACUUUCUCAUGAGUUAAACCUACUUCAGAUGUGAAAGUGGAGGGCAAGCUGUCGAGCUCGGCUGAAAGUGGUGGAGGAAGGGGAGAUUCAUCGAGAUGAGAUGACACUGCAGAAGCAGGCUCCGCUCUGAUAUACUGAUAUCAAUGACAUCAUUCUCACUGCUCGGGAGCUGAGUGGGCGAUGCAUGACUGGUGAAAGGUGUUAAUGUCAUUGGACCAGUUUGCAGUGCACAGAGAAGUUGGUGUGUUGUAUACAGACUCCUUGACAUCUCUCUUCUCCCUACUGUUGUCUUUUCAUCCAUUCGUCCUUCCAUCCGCCUGUGGACCUACAGAUAUGCGACCUGCUCCAUGGAGAUUGCUGUAGAUGGCUGAAGAGCUGUGUACUGGCUGGUUUCGCAUUGUUGCAGGCUCCUUGGAGAUAGAGGAAUGCAAAUCUGCAAUCAUGAUGGAAGGUUUGAAAAAACGUACCAGGAAGGCCUUUGGGAUACGGAAGAAAGAGAAGGGAGACAAGGACAAUGACUCCACUGGGUCCCCUGACAGAGAUGGGGGUUCCCAGAAGAAGGCCAAUGGAGCAGCUGUCAAUGGGUUCUCUGGAGAGAUCGACUGGGACAGAUAUAACGCCCCUACAGUGGACGAUGAAGGUUACAGUCUCAGGCCAGAUGAGGAGGAGGGGCCAGGAUCAGCCGGCCCCAAACCCCCCAAGGAGCACUUCUUCUCCUCCAGCGAGUCAGAGGGAGAGGAGGACCACCGGAAAAAGUUCAAGAUCAAGAUCAAACCGUUACCAGCGGAAAGUGCCAACUGUUUGGCCCCGUCAGUAGAUGAACUCAAAGCCUCCAUAGGCAACAUAGCUCUGUCUCCCUCUCCUCUGGUGUCUGUUCUCUCUUCCUUUUUGCUGGUCACAGAGACGUACACACGUUCCAGCAGGUAUAUCUCACUGAUCAUCCCCAAAGCCAACGCCUCAUUUGGCCAUCUUUCCUUCCAGUUCUCUGCUGCCAGGUUGAUGAAUAAGGACUGUAGUGAAGAGAUCCGGUUAGCUCGGCCAAGACGUUCUGCACCCAUUGCAGCCCCCACGUUAGCAGCCCCGGUGCUACAAGCCCCCAGAAGUAAGAAAUCCCCAGUAGUACCACUACCAGAGAAGGAACCAGCCCCAGUACCAGCCCCAGUACCAGCCCCAGUACCAGCCCCAGUACCAGCCCCAGUACCAGCCCCAGCACCAGUACCAGCCCCAGCACCAGUACCAGCCCCAGUACCAGCCCCAGUACCAGCACCAGUACCAGAGGACGCUACAGCCUUAUUUGGACCUCCGCUGGAGACAGCCUUCAGAGAGCAGAAAACUGAAGUGGGAAUAUCUGAGCAGGUGGUGUGUGACGUGUGGGGUGCUCCUCUACCUGAGUCUGAGUCACUGAGCCCAGACUUCUGUUUCACCAGAACCUUCUCCACAGGAACUCCGCCUCCGCUUCCGCCCAAGAAUGUCCCGACCUCCCCCCCUCCGACCAGCUCCCCCUCUGCAGAUGCUGCCGAAUUGCCAGUAUCGACAGAAGGCUCAGGAAGGAAGACCUCCAUUCCAAACCUGGACAACAUUUUCGGCCCAGCGGAGCCCUCUGCCUUUGGCGAGGAGUCUGCCGACAAGUGGGUCUGCUUCAGCGAGGAAUUGGCAGCCUCUGAAAGACCGCCCCCUCCGAAGGACCCAGCCCUGCCCCUACCAACGUCCCUAGCCCCUCCAGAAGAUCUCUCCGCCCAUCCUGUACCCACCACCCCUCUCCCUUCGGAAGACCCUUCUCCCUCUCUCCCCCCUCUGCCCACCUCCCCUCUCCCUUCGGAAGACCCUUCUCCCUCUCUCCCCCCUCUGCCCACCUCCCCUCUCCCUUCGGAAGACCCUUCUCCCUCUCUCCCCCCUCUGCCCACCUCCCCUCUCCCUUCGGAAGACCCUUCUCCCUCUCUCCCCCCUCUGCCCACCUCCCCUCUCGCACAGGAAGAACUGGUCUCUUCUUUACUCACCUCUGCAACCCCUACAGAGGAACCAGCACUCCGCCUACCCACAGUCCCACCCGUGCCUGAAGACCCUACACCCCUACCCACACCACUUCCGCCAAAGGGCUAUACACCACCCCCCACUCCUCCAUCCACCAUUGUUCCCCCUCUUGAAUCACCCCCCAGCGUUGCCCCUGUUCUCCCUGUCCCUUCACCCCCCAGUGUUGCCCCUGUUCUCCCUAUCCCUUCACCCCCCAGUGUUGCCCCUGUUCUCCCUGUCCCUUCACCCCCCAGUGUUGCCCCUGUUCUCCCUGUCCAUUCACCCCCCAGCGUUGCCCCUGUUCUCCCUGUCCAUUCACCCCCCAGUGUUGCCCCUGUUCUCCCUGUCCAUUCACCCCCCAGCGUUGCCCCUGUUCUCCCUGUCCCUUCACCCCCAGCGUUGUCCUGUUCUCCCUGUCCAUUCACCCCCAGCGUUGCCCCUGUUCUCCCUGUCCCUUCACCCCCCAGCGUUGCCCCUGUUCUCCCUGUCCCUUCCCCCCCCAGCGUUGCCCCUGUCCCUCCUGUGGUCCCCUCUCCUCCCAAGGCAAGAACACCUGUCUCCCCCACAAGCCCCCCUGGCCCUGCCAUUGUGGACGAGCCCUCACGCACCAUCCCCCCACCCCUUGUCUUUGUCGAGGAGGAACAGAAGAGUCCUGAAGGGGCAGCUCCGCCUGUCCCACCUGCCCCAUCGAACGAGGGCCUUGUUGAAACCGCCGCCUCGCCCAAAGAUGUUGGCCAGGUGUCCCGUGCUGUGCCUCCCCCACCUCCACCCCCUACGUACAGGGCAGUUGUGUCCUUGCCAGGACCCACGACAGGGGGCAUGAGUAGUGGAGCAUCCUCUCCGACUCGUCCUGCUACACCGUCAGCUCCAUCAGCGGUUUUCAGCCGCCCUCCCCCUCCCCCUCCCCCUCCACGCCCCACCUCACGACCCAAAUUGCCCCCUGGGAAACUCAGCAAGGGGGACAUGAGCCGGCCCUUCAGUCCCCCAGGCAGUCACUCGUCCAGCCCGCCUUUCAUUGCCCCCCUGGCCCGGGCCGAGAGCACUUCCUCUAUCUCCUCCAACAACUCCCUGAGUGCAGCCACCACCCCCACCGUCGAAGAUGAUGCAUUUGUAGACAAACUGCCUACAUUUGGGAGGCCUUUUGAUUCUCUGGCAGAGAAUGACCAGCCUUCCCUGGUUUGGUUUGACAGAGGGAAGUUUUAUUUAACCUUUGAAGGCUGCUCCAGGGGACCCAGCCCUCUCACCAUGGGGGCCCAGGACACCCUUCCGGUGGCGGCAGCUUUUACUGAAACAGUCAAUGCCUUCUUCAAAGGAGCCAACCCUAACAAGUGUGUUGUGAAGAUCACAGGCGAGAUGGUGCUGUCGUUUCCAGCGGGGAUCACACGGCACUUUGCCAAUAACCCGUCCCCUGCCGUGCUAACCUUCAGCAUAACCCACUACAGCUGGCUGGAGCAUGUGCUGCCUAAUCCCCAGCUACUCUGCUGUGACACCGCCACAACACCCAACCCUGACUGCAAGACCUUCUGGGUGAACAUGCCAAACCUGAUGAUCCAUCUAAAGAAGGUGGCUGAGCAGAAACCCCAGGCCACAUACUACAAUGUGGACAUGCUCAAAUACCAGGUAUCAGCGCAGGGCCUCACAUCGACCCCCCUGAACCUGGCAGCCAGUUGGCGGUGUGAACCCACCAGCACGGACCUCCGGAUAGACUACAAGUACAACGGCGGCUCCAUGACAACGCCCGUGGCGCUCAACAACGUCCAGUUCCUGAUCCCCGUAGACGGAGGGGUCACCAAGCUACUGGCUGUGCUUCCCCCUGCCGCAUGGAAUGCAGAGCAGCAAAGAAUCCUGUGGAAGAUUCCUGAUAUUUCCCAGAAAUCUGAAAAUGGAGGCAUUGGCUCAUUGUUGGCACGGUUCCAGCUGUCGGAGGGCCCCAGUAAACCCUCUCCCCUGGCGGUCCAGUUCACCAGCGAGGGCAGCACUCUGUCAGGCUGUGAUAUAGAACUGGCUGGGCCAGGGUACCGCUUCUCACUCAUCAAGAAGAGGUUUGCUGCAGGAAAAUACUUGGCAGAGAACUGAUACUUCAUACUACUACUGAACAAAUACACUGGAGAUCAUCAUCUCAAUGGGCUAAUGAAAUCCUAUACUACAGAGGACAGACCUACACCACCACCUCCCUACAGACAGACACUUCUUUCUAAACCUGCGAGACAGACAGGUCAAGGCCACACAGCCUACUGUACCCAGCAGUAUUGUAUAGCUUGCAUAUAGUCUUGUGGACCGUUUUAGGGUGUAAUUAUUGUAUUUGUAAAAUGUAUUAAAAUGUAUUAAUUUCAGAACAUCUGUAUUGCUGCUGCUCUAGACAUCCACCCGGGUUUCUCUCUCUAAAGGUACAUGCUUCUGCCUCUCUAUCCCACUCUCUAACGUGUGGUGUUCAAACUGCUACAGCUACCUAGCUACUCAACCGCAAAAUCAUGUUCUCAACCGUGAACCUAACACAUAAUACACUGAGUAUAUUUUGAUGCAACAACAAAUAUGUGGUAUUAGGAGAGGAUGUAUGAAAAGACCAUUGGGUUGUGCCAUUGAGUGAACUAAGAUGAAUAGACGCACCAUGAUGUCACACUCCUCCAUUCAGUUUAAGGGAGGGGCUAAUUCUUGCUUCUCGCAUGCCUCUGAUUGGACACGGUUAGAGCUACCAUGGAAUUCUGGGUAUUGGAGUUUUUAUGUUGUUGGGUUUUUAACAGUUAAUGCGUUACACACUGGCAUAGCAGGUUUAAAGGACAUUGUUCAUUUGGAUGGGGACCAUUACCAGACUCCUCUCUCUUCUUUGAAUGCAGUGAUUUAACAUCGGCUUCAAACAUAUACUCUCAACAUUUUCCUCAAAUUAUCACAAAGUCCUGAGUAGUUUGGCAGCUGCAACAAUAAAUACAUUCUUGGUUGCAAUAUAAAACAAAUAUAAUAUGUUUCCCUCAAUAAAAAAACCUGUACAAAGUCUUAUUUUAAAUGAAUAAUAUAUAUCUGAAAGGGCGUUUGGUGUUUCCCUUCCUUUCUGUUGUUCCUGACACAGCAGUGGUAGAUGUACUUCAGAGUACAUUACAGCAUUCUAUUUUUAUUUAUUGAUGAUAAUGAUUUAAAAAGUAUGUGAUUCUGUAUAUGAAUAGAAUUUCAAUGGUAUUGUAAUUUAGAAUGAAGGUAUAAAUAUUCUAUCUUUUUUUGUUAUCUGUGUAGUUGGGUAACCUGUGUACAGUAUAAUGUAUAAUUUAGAAUUUAUUUCAGAUAUAUAAUUUUUUAACUCAAGUGCAUCAGAAGAUUUGACUACAGUAUAUAUGCGCGUGGGGGGAUAAAAUAAAAAAACAGGAUGAAUAGCACCUGGAUGUGUACUUCAGGCAGUAUGAAAGCAGUGUUAUUUAGAGUUACACUAAUAGUUAUUACCUUGGAUAAUCAGUCAGGUUUUGACUAUGUUCUGCUCUGUUUCCAUUCACCUCAAUGUGUUAUUCUGCAUCAAACAGCAUGUACUCCCCUUCCGAUCAAACCCACCAGCGCUUGAAUCCAUGGCUUUAUUUUGCAUAAUGGUAAUGGUCUCUGUGAGAUAACAUGGUGACGAGGAUUUGGAGGGAGGUUAGAUGACCAAAAGGCUUUUUGUAUUUUAUGUGUGUACUCCAGACAGUCCUCUAAAAGAGAAAUAGAGAAAUAAGGGGAAUAUUUUUUUAAACAACAAAAAAAACCAUCUUGUUUCAUGUGAAGAACACUGUGCUGAUAAUGUUAGAAACCUCCUGAAUGCUCUGAUAUUCAACAUAGAGAACAAAAUGUGUGUGAUGACAUUUAACUUAAAAGGUCUCCUCGUGUGGGCAUCAUAAGUAUGUCAGGAUACUAUCUGUACUUCAUGAAGCUUCAUAGCACCAUUUAGACACCUGCCUUAGAACGGCCAUAGGAGUAUCUUACAUGUCCAUUUUGUCAAUCCUUUAGGUGGCAUUUCUAAGUAAGGCAUCAAUGAAUUGUGUCAUGUAGCUCUCUGUAUAGCUGUUUAGUGAGUAACACUUUACUUGAACAUUAUUGUACACACCUAACUAUAGUUAACAGAAAUGACAUUGGUAAUGUUAUUACUGUUCAUGAACUAUGUAUGAUCUCUGGUCGUGCUUAUGAUGGAGGGAGGGUUGAAGCUAAGUGUUACAGCAUGGGUAAUGUAAUGUGUGUCUGCACACAGUUACGGUAUAGUGUUGAAGUGAAGUGGUCCAUCAACCAAUAGACUCGUUGACCUGUUGUCAUGUUAACUGUGAGAACUGAAGACCAGAGCAGGAAGUGUGUUUGUGUGUGGCGUGCUAAGCCAGACUGCUUUGGGUACCGUACUGUUUCUCUGUCAACCACAUGUGCAAGCUGUGUUUGUACAGACAAUGUUAAGAUGAUCUGAUGAGAAACUAAGUUUUCUUUUUUCCAAAACCAAUAAAAGUUAUGAACUGGACAAGUUUUUGGAGCACUCUUUUUACAACUCAGCAGAAGUUUUAUUAGUCGUAGGUACAGGAUACACAGGGUAUACACUGUCCAACAAAAUGCUUACUUACAGGUUCCUUCUCCACAAUGCAACAACAAUAAGAAAUAACACAAGAUAAGAAUACCAACAUAAAGUAAAUGCCUCAAUAGUAUUUCAUAAAUAUUUUGCAUGUUGCUCAAAUGCAGUUUAUUCUGUAUUUCCUCCACCAAUUUUGUGUUCUGAUGUACAGUGCAACACAUCAAGGUUGGCUGUAACAACAUUGUCUUAAAGCCUUACUAGGAAUACACUCCUUCUGCUAUUAAGAAGCUGUUUAUAAUUGUGUGCUGUGAGGGAGAUCUAACUGUAGUAUAAUUAGCCUUUAAUUCAACGUACCAUGUGUACUGUACAUAUAUGUUUGUUUCAUUUUAUAUUUAUAUGGAUAUAUUUGUUAUUGCAUCUGUUUGUGUUAUCCAAUGCACAGGAUUCUGAGUAUGAAAUUGUUUAAUGUGAUGUACCGUACUAAUGAAAGGUUCUAAACGAAUGCAGAAUGAACCACCAUGUUAUGAUGUGGGUUUUCUCUGAAAUAAAAGAGGCGUAUCAAUUAUGUUUGA